AUGGUUAUGGAAAAAAAGAGGCUAAGAUACUACAAGUCAGUAGAAGAGCACAAGGUUGGAGAAGCCAGGUUCAGCAACGGAGUACAAGAAAGCCUAGCGAAAACACCCCGCGGCCAGAGUUUAGUCGCAAGACAUCGUAUCGACAAUGAAGAUCAUUCGCAAGAACUUUGGAUGAGAUCCGGCGUCGAGAAGCAGCUAGAUAACGGAUCGCUCGCCCCAACGUACCUGUAUACGCCACAUGUUCGUCGAUCUCGCGAGGGUAUUAUGGUACCAUGCCGUCGCAAAGUCGACACUGCUGGCAAAUCGAUUGCUCAUGAGAGAGCCUGGAAAGGAUACAGUGAGAUUGUUGAUGUCCCUAUAGUGCCAUACAACCGACUGUUCCUGUGCUCAUUACAUAGAUUUUUGCGGUAUUUGACUCUGGCCAAUCCAUAUUCAGGCAGCUAUGGCACGACUCAUGGAUCUUGUACCGCAUUCGGAUAUUUGUCAACUUCUCCUGGCAUUUGCCAUCGCCUUUGUGUGAUAGAUUGA